AUGAAACGUGUCAUACGUGACAUCCUUUCCAUCGCUCUACGUGGUCUAGAUGACGAUAUUCUAGUGUUUCUUAGUGGUACAGUGGCUGACCAAUUGACGGAUGAAGUCCCUCGUGAUAUGGCGUCCCUUGAGAAGCUUUUAAAUACAAGUGUGACCCCAUUUCUGCUAGAUGGAGGCUUUGCAGCCGACGAAGUGUCAGCGUCACGUACGUGUUCUUCUUUAGCUGCCAAGUUACUAGCAAAUCCUGAAGUACAGAAAAAAUUAGGAUCUUGUACAUAUGAAGAAGACGUGCGUGUACUAGAGAAUACACAAAGCAUUGAGGAACAAGCACGCAAGGACGAAGGUAUAGCCGAUGCUGAGCAGUUGUUGGCACGUAUGUGGGGUUUUGACAAGAUCCGCAAGACUACAAACGAUGAUCUGGAGGCACAAAAAUCCGCGCUUUCUUCUCGUCAGGUUCGUAAACAGAUCAAGCUGGAGCAGCUGACAGUGGAGCAGGCUGAGGAGCAAGCUGAACUGGACCGCCAGUGGGAGGAUGCUCGCUUUUUGCCAGAUUUGACACAGGAUAACGGGGAAAAGGACAUUCACGUGCCACGUCUUACCAUCAACUUUAAGGGAAAGACGCUAUUGUCGGACACGGCGCUCAAGAUUGUAGCUGGUCGUCGUUACGGUCUCGUGGGCAAGAAUGGUGCUGGCAAGACGACGCUUCUCAGAUAUAUCUCGCACUACGAGCUGGAAGGGUUUCCAAGGCACAUUCGCAUGCAGUUGGUCGAGCAGGAGUCGGCUUCCAAACUUAGCAAGGAGGAGCGUAGUGUACUGGACGUGGUACUGGCGGCAGACUACGAGCGCACGAUGCUGUUGCAAGAGGAGAAGGAGCUCUCGGCAAAGGAAGCAAAUGAGGGGGGAGGACCACAAGCGCGCACCAUUUUGAGCGGACUGCAGUUUCCUGACCACGUGGUGGAUGGAUCUGCAAAGGCGCUUUCCGGUGGGUGGCGGAUGCGAACGGCACUUGCUGGUGCUCUGUUCAUGGCGCCUGAUCUGCUGCUGCUGGAUGAGCCGACAAACCAUUUGGAUCUUGAAGCGGUGAUUUGGCUGGAACAUUACCUAGAAAAGUAUGACAAGCAAAUGAUUGUGGUAUCGCACGAUCGCAACUUUUUGAACGCCGUGACCACUGAUAUCAUCAACUUGACACAGCAGAAGCUUAUGUACUACAAGGGCGAUUACAAUACAUUCGAGAACACGAUGAAAGAGAACUUGCGUCAGCAGCGCAAGGCCUAUGAUGCCCAGCAGAUGAAGAUACAACACAUGCAAGAGUUUAUCGAACGCUUUCGGGCGAAUGCCAAGAAAGCUCCGCUAGUACAAUCGCGUGUCAAAGCACUCGACAAAAUUUUGCGCAACGAACUAAUCAACGAGCCCGAGGACGAGCGUGCGUUUCGGAUGCAUUUUCCACCUCCCGAACCGCUUGGUCGACCUAUUAUUGCCGUCGAAGGCGUUGGUUUCCGGUAUACACCAGAGUCGCCCUUGCUUUUUCAAGACGUGCACAUGGGUAUUGACAUGUCCAGUCGCAUUGGUAUUCUUGGUGUGAAUGGUUCAGGAAAGUCAACACUUAUUAACAUUAUGAUUGGCAAGCUGCGUACAAAUGAAGGCUCGGUGACAUUGAACCCACGCCUACGUGUAGCUACAUUUACUCAGCAUCACGUUGACUCUUUGGAUUUAUCCAAAUCUGCUGUACAGAACAUGAAGGAAAUGUUUCCAGGUCACGAAUCGGAUGAAUUCCGUUCACAUCUUGGACGGUUUAAUCUUUCAGGUGAAUUGGCCAUCAAACCCACACGAACCUUAUCAGGUGGACAAAAGUCUCGUGUUGGGUUUGCACUCAUGACAUGGCGUUUACCACACGUUGUGGUACUUGAUGAACCAACGAAUCAUUUGGAUAUGGAGACUAUUGAUGCACUGAUUGAUGCUUUACGUGAGUACAAGGGUGGGGUUGUAAUUGUUUCACAUGAUCAGCACUUUGUCACUAGUGUCUGUGAAGAGCUAUGGGUCGUGGGUGAUCAAAAAGUUGUACGAUUCCAUGGUACAAUGAGUGAGUACAAGAAUCACGUGUUGGGAGAAAAAAAGAAGUGA